AAAAGAGAGAGAGGAGAAAAUCCAUGACAACAUAUGGAAACCGGCUGACAAUACAGUAUUAUUCUGAGGUUUCUUCAGCAGAAUAGAAUAAAAAUUGAUUUGUUAAAUCUAAAACCGUGACGAUCACCCAAUUUUAACAAUUUUUUUUUGUUCAAAAUCAGUGAAUUUGUCUUCAACCAUGUCUGUACUGCAGAGUGUUGUGCUUAAUUGUGGCCAUAAAAUGCCAAUUCUUGGCCUUGGAACUUGGGGAUCUCCUCCUGGUCAAGUGGCACAAGCCGUCGCUGAUGCUAUCGAUGCCGGCUAUCGUAGUAUCGAUGGAGCUCAUGUGUAUCAGAAUGAACAUGAAGUGGGCCAAGGAUUGAAUGCUAAAAUUGCGGAAGGUGUUGUUAAAAGAGAGGAUAUGUUCAUUACGAGCAAACUAUGGAACACUUUCCAUCGACCUGAUCUCGUAAGAGGUGCCCUGGAAACAACUCUCAAGAAUUUGGGCACACCGUACCUUGAUUUGUACUUGAUUCAUUGGCCACAUGCCUUCAAAGAGGAUGGGGAAUUGUUCCCGAAGGAUGACAAGGAAAAUAUCUUGUUUUCCGAUGUCGAUUUCGUGGACACGUGGAAAGAAAUGGAAAAGGCGGUAGAUGAUGGCCUAGUGAAAAGCAUUGGAAUAUCAAAUUUCAAUAAGAGGCAAAUUGAGAAAGUGCUCGCAAAUUGUCGUAUACAGCCGGCAGUUAAUCAAUUCGAAUCGCAUCCUUAUCUGACUCAGAAGAAGCUCAGUGAUUUCUGCAAAUCGAAAGGCAUCGCCGUCACGGCAUACAGUCCACUGGGCAGUCCAAAUCGACCAUGGGUCACCAACAAUGAUCCAGUUUUGCUGGACGAUCCGAAGAUCGUGUCCAUUGCGAGCAAAUACAGCAAAACGUCGGCUCAAAUUUUGAUUCGCUAUCAAAUUCAAAGAGGACAUGUCGUUAUUCCGAAGUCAGUCACAAAGGACCGAAUCAUAUCCAACUUUCAAGUCUUUGAUUUUGAUCUAUCCGAUGAGGAUAUGGCUCUGAUCGACAGUUUUGAUUGCAAUGGCAGAAUUUGUCCCAUGUCGUCAUCGACCACUCAUCCAGAUUAUCCCUUCAACGAUGAGUACUAAGUGUAUCAGCAUUCAUCUAAUGUUUGCUGUGAACCUUCUAUUACGAGGCAAAUAAAAUUGAAACAGGCAACGC